UAUACCGGAAGUGUUGUUCUGCUGUCGUGUGCUUACCGAGUGAAGUCCGGGUGUACUUAAACGUUGACAUGCAGAAGAACAUCUUGCAAAAUCUAAGAUAAAUACUGAAGGGUUAUCUCCAAAACUUGUUCAGUCGUUGAUUUUGAUGAAGGAGUCAGGAUGAUAAAUUUUAACCGAUUUUUCUCGUCGUUACCGUUGCUUUUGGCGACACUUGCAGUGCAGUAUGAAGAGGGAAGAACAGAAUCCAACUCGGAGAGAUUGCUGAAAUUUGGCAACUCGUUGCUAGCUCAGGGGCAGCUUGUCGAUGCACUGGCUCAGUUCAGCUCAGCCAUCGACAAUGAUCCCGAUAACUACAUGGCCUACUACAAGAGGGCUACAGUCUACCUGGCCCAAGGAAGGUCCAAAGCCGCUCUGCCGGACCUUAAGAAAUCCAUGAGACUAAAACCCGACUUCACCUCGGCGUUUGUCCAUCACGGCAACAUUCUCCUUAAACUGGGCAAAAUGGAGGAAGCAAAGAAAGACUACAUUGAAGCACUGAGACAAGACCCAGGCAACAAGGAGGCCAGAGAGCGUCUUGACAUCAUUCCUCAGCUGCAGCAGCGAUUGACGGAUGCAGAGGGUUUGAUGAAAGCAGACCGCUCGGAAGAAGCCGCUGAAUACUACUCGGCAGUCAUUACGUACAUACCAUGGAAUGUCGGAAUCCGACAGUUGAGAGCGGACGCCUACGUCGUGUACGGUAAUUACUACAAAGCCCUGGAUGACUACAGAGCGAUUACGAAACUCAAACCAGACUGUACCGAGGAAUAUCUUCAAAUGAGUGACCUGAAUUACGUCUUGGGAGAUCUUGAGGAGUCACUCAUUGCCAUACGAGAAUGCCUGAAGCUAGACCAGGACCACAAGGAAUGCUACUCUCAUUACAAAAAAGUCAAGAAACUGGACAGGCAGUACACGCAAGGCCAGAACUUGAUCAACGAGGGAAGAUAUGACGAAGCGAUUCAAAGAUAUCAACAAACGAUGGAAACCGAGCCGGAAGAAGGUUACGUGUAUCACAUGAGAAGCAAAGCCAAAAUAUGUCACUGUUAUACUAAGUUACAAGACACGGCCCAAGCUUACAAAAUCUGUAACGCGGUCUUAGAACGAGAGAGUGAAAACGUGGACGUUUUAUUAGACAGAGCCGAGGCGUAUCUACUAGACGAAAUGUUCGAUAAAGCUUUGGACGAUUUUAGGCGAGCCAAUGAGCUGGAAGAUAGUCAGAGAACGCAAGAAGGGCUGAAUAGAGCGCAGAAAUUACUCAAGCAAUCGCAGAAAAGAGACUACUACAAGAUAUUAGGAGUUAAACGAACUGCAAAGAAGAAAGAAAUCCUGAAAGCAUACAGGAAAUUGGCACAGCAGUGGCAUCCUGAUAAACACGAAGAAGGCGUAGCCAAAGAAAAAGCCUCCAAAGUGUUCAUGGAUAUCGCUGCCGCUAAAGAAGUACUAACAGAUCCAGAGAAACGUCAGCAGUUUGAUCAGGGCGAGGAUCCGCUGGAUCCCGAGGAGCAACAGAGGAGAAACCAACACUGGGGCAAUCCAUUUGGAGGCGGAGGAGGAUUCAAUCCUUUUGGUAGCGGGGGUGGUAGUUUUAAAUUUCACUUUCCAUGAUUGCCAAAAUUAGGUUUAGGAUAAAAUCAGGAAAUCAUUUUUUUCACCGUCAAAAGUUGUGGGUAGUUGGGACAUAGAAUUAUGCCCGUUACCCUCCUUUUGUUUGACCAGGCCUGUUAGUCCAAAAGUCAAUCCUGUUCCCCUGCCACGCCUUUUACACAAGCUAGUCACUAACAGUCAGAUCAUAUUUCUUGUAGGAGCUGUGACUAGUCGAAUUCCGUCAACAGACGAAAGCAGGUGACUGGUAGGCACAGCUGGCUUAUCAAUCUCCUACGGUCAAAGCAUAGCUGUAUCAGGUUUCGUAACAA